AUGUCCACAGCCCGAGGCGUCCACUACACGGCAGGCGCGAUGCUGGGCAUCCAAGCAAGAGCUGAGUUCGAGGAGCGCUGGUUGCUUCAGCAGCAGAUGCAACAGCAACAGCAGCUCGCCCAGCAGGGCUACGGCAGCUCGAGCAGCACCAGCUCGACCGGCUCCAACCGGAACCACAACCACCACGGCACCAAGAACGGCACUUCCGGUUCCGGGGGUUCGCACCACCACCAGGGCUCCUCGGUGGCGUCGGGCGGGGGAACGGGAGGCGGCACCGGCGGCGGCGGUCACCACCACCGGACGUCCUCGUCUUCCUCCGCGGCCGUGGACACCCGGAGGUCCACCGGUGGCGGCGUCGGCUCCAAGUCUCCCGGCGUCGGCGACGACAACAGCUGCGGCAGCUACGGCGACAGCUCGGCGGCCCCGAGCUCGCCGACACCGCUGUCGACCACGUCCGAGUCGAGCCGGAGUCCGAGCCCUCGGCCGCCCCAAUGA